GAAGAGAAGAAAAAUGAGUCACUCGCCUUGCGGGUUUUUCUACGUUGAGAUUUCCAUGACAAAUCGAUGUGAUUGCGCACCGUGGCGCGCGUGCGACGCUUUGACCCUCGGAUGAUUUUGCAAUUAUAAUUUGCCCCGGUUGAGUGAAAUCCAGACAAUGUUGUCGGUUCGAAAAAUGUAUAUCCAGGAUUGUAUUUUUUUAUUUUCUUUUUUUUCGGUCAAUAACACCGUCAACUUUUUUUCUACGCUUUCUUGUUGUUGUUGUUGUUAUUAUUGUUUUUCGAUUUAUCGUAACAAAUGUUCCGUGUCGUUGCAGAUCUCGUAAAAAAGUAUGAAACUCGGGGUGGUGUUGUGUCGGGAAUGAUUGCGGUGAGUUUGCAAUUCGACGGUUACACUAUAGUUAAAGACACGCGAUAUACAAAGAAGACGCUCGAUUUAACAACGAAUGUAGGUCGAACCCACAGCUAUUCGGACUCUCGCUUUUGUAGUCACGCGCAUUGCCAGGUGAUCGACGUGAACAGAGAUGGAUUCAUCGACUUGACGGAAUUACGUAACGCCCUGGACAGGGUCGGCUUCAAAAUGCCGGGUUACAAGGUACGCCAAAUGAUCGAGGAAUACGACGACAAGGAUCGACCCGAGCACAAAGGACGAUUGUCUUUCGAGGAAUUUGAAAAACUUUGCAAAGAGCUCAAAGCCAAUGAACUCGGCUCGACUUUCAAAACGGUUGUAUCGAAGAAAGAAAACCUCGAGACUCUCGGCGGAAUUUCUGAGGCUUCAAGCGAAGGUACCACUCAUUCGGUUCGUCUCGAGGAACAAUUGGCUUUCAGCGAUUGGAUCAAUACCAAUCUCGGAUCCGACCCUGAUCUCAAACACUUAUUGCCCAUUGAUCCCGAGGGAAAGACCCUCUAUGACAAGGUCAAGGAUGGCAUACUGUUGUGCAAAAUCAUUAAUCACUCGUGCCCGGACACGAUAGACGAGAGGACGAUAAACAAAAAGAAUUUGACGUUGUACAAGAAGCACGAGAAUCUGACACUGGCAUUGUCCUCGGCUCAGGCGAUCGGCUGUAACAUCGUCAACAUCGAUGCUCACGACUUGACAAAAGGAAGUCCGCAUUUGGUGCUCGGUUUGCUCUGGCAGAUCAUAAGGAUUGGUCUGUUCAAUCAAAUAACUUUGGAGAACUGUCCGGGACUGACAACGUUGUUGCAAGACGGCGAGAGGAUCGAGGACCUCUUGAAAUUGUCACCGGAAGCUAUAUUGUUGCGUUGGGUAAAUCAUCAUCUCGAGCACGCCGGUAUUGCUCGUAGAUGCAACAAUUUCCAAUCGGACAUCACCGACUCGGAGAUAUAUUCGCAUUUGAUAAAACAAAUUGGACCGAGCGGCAGUGACGUUACUCUCGAGGCACUGAUGGAGCCGAAUCAUACGACGCGAGCGGAAAUAAUGUUGCAACAAGCCGCCAAAUUGGGCUGUCGAAGUUUCGUCACACCGAGCGACGUUGUCAACGGCAUUUACAAGCUCAAUCUUGCCUUCGUUGCUAACAUGUUCAACAAUUAUCCGGGGCUCGACAAGCCCGAGACGAAUAUCGAGGGUCUUGAGUCCGUUGAGGAAACGAGGGAGGAAAAAACUUACAGAAAUUGGAUGAAUUCGAUGGGUGUCUCGCCCCACGUUAAUUGGCUCUAUUCCGAUUUGGCCGACGGCCUUGUGAUAUUUCAACUCUGUGAAAUCAUAAAACCCGGCUCUGUCAAAUGGCCACGGGUACACAAAAAAUUUACAAAAUUACGAAAGUUCAUGGAGAAAUUGGAGAAUUGCAAUUACGCGGUCGAGCUUGGCAAACAAAUGAAUUUCUCACUGGUCGGCAUCGCCGGACAGGACAUUAACGACGGAAACGCGACGUUGACUCUCGCCCUCAUUUGGCAAUUGAUGAGAUCAUAUACGCUAUCGUUACUUACUUCCCUCUCAGCGACACCUGGAAGUCGAGAAGUCGAUAAAGAAAUCGUCCGAUGGGUCAAUUCGAAGCUUCAAGCCGCUGGUAAAAAUAGCAGCAUCAAAGGUUUCCAGGAUUACGCUAUCGCCAACGCUAAGCCCUUGAUCGAUCUCAUCGACGCCAUCAAACCUGGCACUGUCAACUAUGAUCUCGUUAAAGAGGGAGGCAACGAAUCGGACAAUUUGGAUAACGCCAAAUACGCAAUCUCAUUGGCGAGAAAAUGUGGAGCGAGGGUUUACGCCUUGCCUGAGGAUAUUGCCGAAGUAAAGCACAAAAUGGUUAUGACGGUAUUCGCCUGUUUAAUGGCGAUGGAUUAUAUACCCAACAUGGAUUCGGCGAAGCAGAACAACGUCAAUAAUGUCAACGACGCGAAUAACCUCAACAGCGUAAACAACGUCAAUAAUGUAAACAGCGUCGACAACGGUCAAUAAUGUUGAUCUUCCUUUUACGUCGGAAAAUCCUGAGAGACCUCAAGUCUGAUGCACCUUGAAUUAUUAUUUGGGAAAUGCAUUUUUUUUAUAGGAAUUCUCUAACAAAAAAUAAGCGAACUUUAUCCGCCCAACAUUUUCUACAAUUCAUAAAAUCAUGCACGCAUUCGUACUUUGGUCGAAGCUCUCGGGUGCAUCUUAUCGUGACGUAAUAAUUGUAAAUAUAACUUUAAAUCGAUAAGUUAGCUUGUUCCAAGAUCAAUGCGUUAAUUUGGCUUUGACGAGCUCCACGGUCUUACACACGCGUGAGUAUUUUCUCGUGAUUCAUUGAUUAUUGAUUUCUUCAGUCCCGCAGAAUCAUGCGUCCGAUCAUUUUCAAUCAGACGCGUAAGAGAAUCGUUAAACGAAGAAACGGACAAUAUAUUCUGGAUUAUGUUUAUUGCUAAAUCCUCCAUUUUUAUAUAAAGCUAACAUACCAGAUUUUCGUUGCUCCACACGGUGUUUGCGAAUUGAAUCUACUUCGAUACUCGUCUCUUCAUCCUCGGACGCGAAAACAAACGUAUUUUCAUUUUCUUCCGUUUGUCUGGUUGAUUUUGUUGUGCCCGUUGGUCCGAUGGGCGAUACUUGCUAAUGUCUUGAUACGUCUCUGCAUGAUCAGCGGAGCACAAUUCUAGGUAUUAUUAAUCGUGCCAUGAAAAAAACGUUCGAUAGUAUGGAAAAUGAUGAUUGAACAAAAGGAUUUUUUUUUAACGCACGAAUUUUUAGAUACUCGCCGCUUUCUCGUCACAAGUAAUUUGUUUUUUUUUCUAACGAUUAUUACACCAACAUUCGAAAGUAAAAUAAAUAACAUUUCCUGUUGAAAAUUGCAUCAAGCGACAAACGAAAUUGUUGCGAAUUCACCGACUAAUGAUUUCGAACGAUUUUCCAUACGAAAAACGCUAAUAUCUCGGAGUAUAUAGGGAUCCUACGUAAUAAUAAAUUAAAAAAUAGGGAAUGAGUGAGACUGUCCAAUGGAAAAUAAAAAUUGUCGUUUUUCGAACAACAAUUGAAUCGUUGCUCGAAAAUGUUUUCCACAAAUAUGCGCUAAUAAUAAUAAUUAUAAUAUACAAUGAGAUACAAACCGUGGUAAAGAGCGGUUUAUCUCGAUCGUUUUAACGAUCAAUCAUUUACGCUCAUCGAUUUGUAUACGUGAAUUUGUACCAGUAAGCAAGUUUAUCGAUUAAAAUGAUAAAGGUAAUCGCUUCUUCGCUCACGCAAAACGAGUGGCCUGAACGAAAUAAACUAAUCGUACGAAACAAACAAUACACAAUAACGGUUCCUGCCGACAUGCCCGGGGCAUUUGCAAUUUUGCGGAUCAAGAUAAAGUCGAGUUACUCGUGAAACGAGAAAAAAUUGAGAAAGAAAAGGAUGUACGAAGCUGAAACAGCCAGAGAGGUAAAGGCACGUGGGGUAAAAGUCAUUCGAUAAUUAAACAAAGCGGCGUCUAGAUAGACAUAUUAUAUACAUAUAUAUUAUAUAUAUAUUGAAUAUUAUUAUUAAAAUUAUUAUUGCAAAAGAUAAUCGCCACCGGAUUUCCAUCAUUCGAUAAAAAUAUUAAAAAAAACGAUUCCAUUCAUUAAUUAGAGGAAAAGUACCAAAUCAGUAAAAAAAAAACUGAUCAACAUAUACGUACUGUUUUGCGAUAACGAUGUACAUGAUCAUAGCGAUAGUUAUUAAUUUUUUUUUUUAGAUGUAACACGUAAUUUAAAUAAACAAACAAUUUCAUCUAA